GGCAUUUAUAAAAAAAACAAACACUUCAUUAAAGUGAACUAGUGCAAUUUGCAGCUGUAGUGUUUUUAAUUAUUUUAUUUUUAGUUUGAUAAUUUGAGAAUACCUAUGAAGGAAAAACUAAUAUUCUAUUUUAUUUAUUUAAGAAUGUCAAUUUAAAACACUACACCAAAAAUGCAAUCAAACAAUAGAUAUAGAUCCUUUAAGCAACUGGCACAAGCCAACUUUCCACAAAGUCUAAGUGGUAGUGAAACGGAUGUAUCCACUUCAAACGAAAAUUUGUCUAACGAAGAAAAAUAUGUGAUAAGACAUACACCACGCCAGGAACCGCAGGGUCAAGAAAAUUUGACUGAUUCAAAAAGAAGCUCCUUACGUGAUAGCUUGCCAUCAAAUCGAAGCUCUCUAGAUGUUUCUUCAUCUUCUUACAAUACUCUUAUUAUUCAUAGUGCAGGAGAUGAACCAUGGACAGGACGAAAUUCUGGUCCUAGAGAUGGAAGUAUCACAUCCGCCAGUUUUAUAAACCAUCAAAGUUUUUGUAAUGACCCAAAAUUAUCGCCUCUGACUAAAAGAAAUUCUGCAUCUCCAUCUCCUUCUAUGUCUAGUACAGGAGUACAGGAGAUAACUGAAAUUCCCGACGAUUACUUAUCACAAUCUUCAGUACUGAAGCACUUAGCCAAAGAAGUAAAAGUUCCUUCAUCGCCUGAAGGAACGACUAAAGAUCAGAAUAACCACGAGAAUCUUAGCCGUUUCGAAUUAAAUUCCGGUUUUCUUCCUCUACCCACACCACCUCCUGAAUAUCCCAAAUGGUCUGAAAAGUCGCCGUUGCAACGCGAAAUCAAUAACAGGAACAAAAUAAAUUUAGAAAAAUUGACUCUCUCUAAAUCACAGCCGGAUCUUACCACAGUGGGUCUCAUUAAGAACAGUGAUGCGACAUUCUUUAAAAGAGGAGUAUCAGCUCCUAGGCCCCCCACCAAGGGUAGAGAGGAGAACGAAUCUAAUGGAGAUGAGAUUUGGCCUUCAGCAGAGAUUGUUGAAAUUUUAAUUAAGGAAAAUAGCGCUCUCAAACAAGAAUUGGAAAACUUAUAUCGAAAAGUAGAAAGAACGCAGAGGUUGGAGCAAGAAAUUUUAAAAGUUCACAAGGGACACGAGGAAUUGGUUCAAUCUUGCGAGAGACGCGAACGACUUGAAAGAGCCGCUAGAGCUCGUCUUCAAUCCGACUGCCUCAGAUAUCAGGAGGUGAAUAAAGCUCUGCGAGAGCAGGUAGAUCUGCUAUCUAAUCAGAUGCUUUCCCAUUCGCCUAUGCCGGAUUACGGAGUGCCGGAAAAUUUUCGGAGGGAAUUUGCCAAGAAAGAGGGGCUGAUCAAGCAACUCAUUUCUCAAAAUAAAGAACUGUCAGCAGCAAAAGAGCGCCAGGAAAUUGAAUUGGCGGCCCAACGGGCAACAUUACAAGAACAAAGGACUCACAUUGAUAUCUUAGACACUGCUCUUACAAAUGCACAAGGAAAUGUCGUUCGUCUAGAGGAAGAGUGUCGCAAGAAACAGGUUUACGUGGAACGUGUAGCUCAAUUGCAGAGGACUCUGUCAUCGAUGCAAAUGGCGAGCGACAGACGAGAGCAGACAGAGAAAAAAUUACGUUUACAGUUAGAAAGGGAGUUGCAACGUGCCAAAGUGGCCGCUCAAGGAGAGUGGGUAGGCGAUUCGAUCAACAUGUCCGCCAACGAAGCGGCCUCGGAAUUGAAGCGAAGGCUCCGCGAAAGGGACGAAAAAAUAAUGAUGCUUGAAGGAGAAUGUGCCAAGUGGGAACAAAGAUUCCUAGAGGAAAGCACUCUUCGUCAGGCUGCCAUUGAUGCUGCUAGCAUACCAAAAGACGCAAAGAUAGCUGCUUUAGAGAAGACUAGCCAAGAGACUGAAAAAAUAAUCGCGGAAGCUAGAAACGAAAAAAUUCGACAUAUGGAUGAAGUACAUGCAACACAAAAGAAAGUUGCUGAUUUAGAAUCCAGAUUGAAGGAUUUAGAAUCGAAAUUGGCCGAAAAAGAUGCAAUGAUCAGGGUACUACAAAAACACACCUACGACAAAGAUAUGUCGAGUAUGCUGGGUCGAUCACCUCAUCACACGCCCCAUCCUAGUCUCGGAGGAGCAGAUAUUGACCAUGUUCUGGGUACCACAGUAUCCAGGGAAGAAUUAGUGAGUAGCGUUUUGACGAAUUCGACGGCGUACGGAUCGAGCAACUCCUAUGCUGGAAGCGAUUCAUCAUACCACAUGCCGUCAUAUGCGAAAUAUGAAUCGAACAAAACCACAUACGAUACGACCAAACAAAAACUCGAUAACCAACUAAAGGAAAUCGAUAGUCAACUUGAUUCGCAGCUUCUUAGCAAGCGGGCACUUUGCUGUUUUCCAGGAUUCACUAAUCCAGUCACUGCGCAGAGAAAAGGAAAAAUACCCAAACCACUAUUGGCAAGUGUGACGACUAGUUACGAGAGUCAGGGCCCCUUCUUGCUGCCCCCCUCGCCACGUCACGGCCAUUCUCAUGAAUCCGGUGAGAUGCUUUUGUUGGAAAAGCAAGGGCGCACGUCUCAACAACAACGCAUGUCAGACGGUGUGCACCAUGCGCAAGCGUCCCAAAAACCCCCUGCCUUGCCUAGUUCUUUGCCUCGUCCACAAAGGUCAUCGCUGCGGUCCGGUCUUCCCCGGCGACUCGGGGAAUACAAUAGAUUGCCCGACAACGAAAAGAAGUCAGAUGGAGGCGACUCGUUAAGUUCAAACAGCAGCAGUCGCAGAGCUUCUCCGGCAAGAUCUCUAAUCCCGCCCCCAAGGAAACUUGGGGAAUACGGAAGGUUAAGAAGUAGUUCGGCGGGGGGUGAAAGGGAUUCCGCAUCCACACUCAGUGAUAAUUCAGCUAGUUCUUCCAAAGUUAGAUUAUACGGGGGCGGUUCGUUGCGAAGGGGCUCCUCAUUAGGACGAGAUAGUAAAUGUUCUACAGAUUCGACUACGAAUAAAUACAGAAUACAAUUUUGAGCGAAAUCGAUCGCUAUCAUUUUUUUUUUAAAUUAUUUUGCAAGUAUGUUACUUUCUUGAUACAUCUGUACCGAAAUUAAAAAAAAUUCAUCAACAUAUUACGGAUUAUAAUAGUGAAGGACCAAAAUUAUGCAGUAAGCAAGUUAAAUAACUUUGUAUCUCUUCUGUUUUCGAGGUUUAUAUUACUUCAUCUUAAAAAAACCAUAUACAUCACCUUUAGGUUUCGAUGAAUAUUUUUCAUCUCCUUCUAUCUUUAAAUAGCUUUUAACUUUUUCCUGUAUCUACGAGAUCUAUCUAAAAAAACACCAGAUUAGUGCUACAAAAUCAGUUAUCCUUUCAACAAAUCGUUUCUUUGGUGGAUAUUUAGAGUUUUACAUGGCUCAAUUAAGCAGAACGCAAGCAAUCUUUACUAUGAUAGUAAUAGAGAGAACUCAAUGUUACAGACUCAUAUCUCGUUCAACUUUAAAGCUCUCACUGUUUAUUUGGAAAAGGACCAGUUUGUUUUUUCUUUCUAGCCAAUAUCUCUUAUUCAAAAAUUCAGUCAAAUUUGCUAUAAAUAAGAUUUUGUUAAUAAUUGGUCCUUCAUCUUGUUAUCAGUUGCAUAGCCGUUUGUUUUAUACAUAUUUAAAUAUUUAACAAUAAUACCGGUACAAAUGUAUCACGAUUACUUUUUAUCUUAUAUCCUAUACGAAACUAUUAAUCUUAGCAAGUGAGCACAUGCAUCCCAAAUUUCAUUAUUAAGGUACCAUUUGGGUAGGCGCGUCAGGAGGCAAGCGACCAGUGAAGCGACCCCAAGGUCGAGUAGGAAAACAGAUGCAUAAAUGUUACGCUUCGUACAUUUGGCAAGCUUGAGAAGUGUCGCGCGACAUUUACAGGGAUAACCAUUCGAGGGAACAAUCAACGUUGCCAGACCUACUGUUUUCACGUAGAUCUACUGUUUUUGUCUCUAGCAAAUUUUGUUCUUAAUUUAUUAAGUUUGCCUCAUUCUUUAGCAAAUGGUUAAAGAAUAUUUUCUCUAUUAAAUUUUCUGCAGUAAAAGCAGCGUAAUAAGCAUACACUACUCUAGGUUGGCUCAAUAAAAAAAAAACCAAGAAAAUCAUUGUUUUUAUUUAAAAUGAAACAAAGAAUUAAUAGGGCAUCAUAAAAAAAACAUGCACACUAUGAUUUUGAAUUAUCUGAUUCAGACUGAUCUAAAAGAAGUAGGUACCUAUUAUUUUUUAUUGUCUUUUUUUUUGUUUCCGUACGUUAAGUAUAUAUUAAAAAUGUUAUUAGUGUUUCUUUGUUUACCUUCUAAUUUGGGUCGAAAAAAGUUUAUUUUUCGUUUUUUAUAUACUUGUUUUUUUAUUUACUGCACUGCAAAUUUCAAUUAUUUCCCCCUGUAUUAAAAUUACUGUUCAGAUCUACGGUGUUUUUUUUUUCACCCAUACUGUUCCAAAAUCUGGCAACACUGCCUAGAUCAAAAGAAAUUUUCAACCUAUUCACGUCCAAGCGAUGAAGCGAUGCUCGAGGAUAGUGACCUCGAGUGCGACAGGCAGCAAACCUUUGCCCCGAGUCAGAUUCAGAAGUGUCUCCAGGAAGUGUCUCGCCGUGCGAAAUGUGUUUCAUGUAAUUGUAUGUAUUUUAGAUGUAAAGCGACACUUCUCGGUCGCGUAGGCGGUCGUCUGUCGCGCCUACCGAAAUGGUACCUUUAAUGUGCAUUUAAAAAGUUAGUUUUUUAAUUGGAUCUGCAGAAUUUCAAAUGAUAUACGUUAUUUAAAACAUUAAUCUUAACAAAUUUGCGAAUACUUUUAAAUUAAGUUUUUUUUUAGUGUUAUAGGAACUAAAAUAGUUUUCGCUAAUGAAUUUGGGUUAUAGUAUAUGCUCAAUUUCUAGCAAAUUCCAUAUUUUAUCAAACCGGGGCCAAACGUAAAUUGUGCCAUAAUUAAAUCUUUAAUCAGCUCAUUUUUUAUAUAUUUAAUACUAUUUACUUUAGUUAAAUAGAGUCUCGUACGAAGAUUUGUUUUUUUUUUUUAUCGAUUUUGUAAAAAUAAAACCAUUCUUGUAAUGAAUAGCGUAGAAUAACUACACCGUCAAUUCAAAGUGCCUUUAAAUAUCCGCAUUUGAUAUAUAAAUAUUGGCAAUUUUUAGUGUUUUUCUAGUCUGUGCUAUGUUUGUAUUUACCAAAUAAAAUUUAUUAUUCUACGUAUUUUUUUUUAUUAGAUUUCCUUUCAUUAAAUUGGUCGGA